AUGUUAAAAUUAAGACCUCUUGUUUGAGCCUCUACUGCUCUCUGUAGAAAUUUCAGCCAUAUUGAUUCAUAAUUAUCAUUGCAUGGAGAGAUGUCAUCCAUCAUCAGUGAAUCCAACCACCAACUCUCGGAAGCUGCAAUGUAUAGUGGCAGAUGCCCAGAGAUGAGCCUCAAUCAAGUGUCUCCUGGUGCUGGCAAAAUCAAGUCUGAAGCUUGGGGGAAGGUUGACCCUUCUCCACUAUUUGAAGUUUCUGCUGUCUACGUCAAAGAGGAACCUAAAGAAGAAACUGAAGACUUUUCCAUUAAAGAAGAACCAUUCUUAUAUGGAAAUGAGGCUUGUUUGACUGAACAUCUCAGCCCUGCACCUGCAUUCUAUUCAUGUGUGCCAUUCAAGUUGGAAGCUCAAGUUGAGGCUCACACUCACCACUCAAGCUCCUCACAGAACAUUUCUGCUCUCUUGUGCCAUGCUGGUGGGUCAGUCCCGGCAUCAGGAGACGCUGCUGGCGGCGCUGACGUCUCUGAGGCGUCCAGCUCCAAGCAACAUCUGCGGCUUGGGUGUUCACAGUGCGGAUUGGUGGGUGCAGGUGCAGGCCAACUGCAGCACCUAGAACACUUUGCUUCCAAUGAUCACCAAUGCCACUCCUGUUUAAAAUCGUCUGCCACUGAAGCUCAACAUAUUCUCUCAAGGCAUCCUCAAGGGAAGUCUCUUGAAGUCUCUGGGAGGGAAUGUGCUGAUGGUUGCAAAGAAAUUCUGCACAAGCGUUGCCUCUCUACACAUUCAGCCAUGAAGAAGUUUGGCUGCUCUGAUUGCGAUUAUGCUUGCAAAACAAAAAAGGCUUUGCGAAGACAUUUUCUUCAAAAACAUUCAACAGAAAAACAUAUUCACGCGCCCUGCACGGCGCAGCGGGGGGAAGAUGGUGCGAGCACCAGCUAA